AUGGAAAAGAAGGAGGGUGAAGCCAAGAGGGCAUCGAAGGUUAAGCCAAAGGAGCCAAAGAAGCCAAAGGCGCCAAAGGAGCCAAAGGAGGAGGGGAAAGUCCGCGCUGGCUCGCCCCCACGCAGGAGCCAGUGGUCGGGAGAGAAGCGGCCGGUGAAGAAGCCGUCUGAGGAGGGCCCAAAGCCUGCCUGGGAUGACCGCUUCUAUGUCAACGAGGUGAAGCUGAAGCCACGCAAAGCAUCUGGUCUGGAGGAGGAGAAGCCUGUCAAGCAGGAGGAGGGCUCCCGGAAGCUCAGGUCACCGGGUGCCAGCCGCCGCACAGGCGACAAAGCGCCGCAGGAGUCCAAAAGCAAAGGCACAAGCGCAAGAGAAGGCCAACGAAGCCAGCGAAGCGCCUGCACAGACGGUGGCGGAGAAGGCCGCCCUGUCUCCGCGCUCACAAGUGCCUGCGGAACGCUUUGCCGCUGA